CAUCUCCCAGUGAGAAGCAAGUCAGUCCACAGUGCACUGCAGAAGGCAGAGCCUCACCUGCUCUCUGAACAUUUUACAGCUACUGGUCCGAAGAAAGAAUGGAUGCAGCAAAUUGCAGAUUUCCCAAACUGAGCAUGCAGUGGCUGUUGGCUGUCUCCAUGUAUCUGUUAACCUGGGGCUCCCCAGGAGUCCGUGGGUACCUCCUGAGGAGCUCCUCCAGGUGUAUGCUCAUUCCAAGAAGUAUGGCCUUGUGCUAUGACAUUGGAUAUUCAGAGAUGCGCAUCCCCAACCUGCUGGAACACGAGACUAUGGCAGAGGUGAUCCAACAGUCUUCUAGUUGGCUGCCCUUGCUAGCCAGAGAGUGCCACCCAGAUGCCAGGAUCUUCCUCUGCUCACUCUUUGCACCUAUCUGCUUGGACAGGUUCAUCUCCCCCUGCCGCAGCCUGUGUGAAGCUGUUAGGAACAGCUGUGCUCCAAUCAUGGCUUGCUAUGGCUACCCAUGGCCUGAAAUCCUGAACUGCAACAAAUUCCCUGUGGAUCACAACUUAUGCAUUUCAACAAUCACUGAUGAAACCACUUCAAGCAGGAGAAUGCCCCAAGCCAGCUGUAGGGACUGUGAGCUCGAGGAAGCCAGCACCGCCAAGGAGAUACUGGAAAACAUCUGCGCCAAUGACUUCACUGUAAAAAUCAGAAUCUCCAGGAAGAACACGACCUCCACCAUCUCUGCUUUUGACCUGGACUCCAAGCUGGAGGUUUUGAAGCACGGCCCCCUCCUCAGGGUGGAAAUCCACCCAAAACUGCAGCACUGGCUGGACCUAGAUGCCACAUGUGUUCACAACAUCAUGAGAGGUACACACACAGGAGUCUAUGUCAUCAGUGGAGAGGUGCAGAAUGACAAGGUGUUUGUAAACAAGGCCUAUGCAUGGCACAGGAAGAACAGGAACCUGCAGCUGGCUGUGCGGCGAUGGAAACAUCACCGGUGCCGCGCAUAGUCUGGCAGGAGAUUUCAGCAAUCUCUGCUCUACUGAUAGGAAAUUGCUCCCCUCCCUGUAUCUAGCAAACAAUCUGUGACAACCAGAGCUUUGGAGCUGUGGGUCAGUACAGUGGCUAUUUUUUAGUGGGAUUCAGUGUAGUCGAUAGCCAAGGUCUAGGGGCCAUACCACAGAGCAUUUCACUAAGGGAUUGCUAUACAACAUGUUCGUUAAUUAAGAGCUUAGGGAGUCACCUGUUGCUCCAAGAAAUGGAAAGACACAAACAUGCUGUGUUCUUCUUCAUCUCCUCCUGCACUGGA